UAUUUAUUGAAAUUUUAUUAAAGUCACUCCAUAUGAAGUAAUGGAUCGUCAGGUAGUGGCAUUAUUUCUACUUGUUCUUUUGUCAUUAAGAAUUUAUGGUAAAUCGGAAUGCAUGCAAAUUGUUGGUACUCUUAUUUGUCCGCAAGAACCUAUGUUGGCAGGAAAUGUACAGAUUGAUUUGAAGGAUGAAGAUUGUAAGAUUUUCGGUCGCACACUGCCAUGGGAGACCCACGAUCAGAUGGGUCGAACUUGGUCCAAGUCUGAUGGUUCAUUUAUGAUUUCCGGAUGUGGAUCCGAUUUUGGUCCAUUUAAUGCACCAGAUCCAUAUAUUAUUAUUGAGCACAAAUGUCCUAGUAUUUUAAAGUCAACAAUGGUAGGAGUUAGUGAUUCAAGAAGAAAGACGCAAUUUGCAUUAACCAAAGUAUUUAUGCCAAAAAUCUUGAAUGUCGGUAAAGUUUUUCUGGAUGAUUCAGAUUUAUAA